CCCGAAUCCAGUUCUCCCCCCACCCCCUCUGCGAGAGCGAGACGAGGGAGCUGCUGCUGCAGCAGGCUCUCGCAGGAGAAUCCUUUCGCCAUGUGAGUGAUCACGAGUAGAACGUAUCUAUCGACCGACCCCCUAAGAAGCCAGAGAACAGUGAGUGGGAAGGGAAGGGAAGGGAAGGGAGGGCAAGGGCAAGGGCAAGCGGAAGGGGCUGGGGCUGGGGCUGGGCUUGGGGCUGCGAAGGGAAAGGAAAGGGAAGGAAAGGAAAGGCAGGCGACGUUGAUUCUCCCGGAAGGAGGAGGAGCUUGUGUGGGGACCGAAUCGAGAGCUCCAGCCUUCUUGCGCCGAGGCGAGGCGAGGCGAGGCGGGGCAGACAGAGGCAUCGACGCACAGAGGCACCCAGAGACAUAGACGCAGCAGGGCUUGUGAGGCUGUGAGGAAGAGAUUGUUGCCGUCGAGGCGGUUGUACGUUUCUUUCGGGAGUCGGCGGCCCGCGAGCGAGCUCGUUCGUCGCUCGGACUGAUUGGACUCUCGGCCGAGAGAGUCCAAUCUGCGCAAGAAAUCGUCUCGUGCACUCAAGGUAAAUGUGCGUCUGUGGCUGGCUUGGUCCGAGGGCAUUGCGGCCGGGCCGACGAUGAGGAGCCUCGCGGGUGAGUGAUGGUGGCUCUCGUAUAAAGCUCGGAGUGUCAGUUGUGCGAGGAGCGAGGGCGCGCAGCAGAGGCCCCAGUGUCUGUAAUCCCAACGGAGCGACGAAGCUCGGCGAGGGCCGAGGACGAGGAGGAGGUGAGUAUUAGGGCAGCAGCAGGAGGAGUCAUGAGACAUCAUGAUGGCGGAGGGGUGAGCGCGCUGGAACCGCAGCUGGUUCAUACGAGCCAGGAGCCGGACCAGAGGCGGCCUCCGAGGCGCUCAGUUAGAACGCACAGGGUGGAGAAUCGAGCCAUGGGGGCAGGGCGGAAUGGACUGCCGCAGACGGCCACCGCGUCGUCGCUGUCCAUGCGCGCGGAGCCGGCGUCUCGCAAGCGGGGCUCGGUGGGAAUAGCCGUGCGUGAUCGCAGCCCCAAGAGAUUGCAGAGCAGCGAGCCGAGAAAUUGUUUUGCCGGUGUGGAAGACCACGCCGUGGCGGCCGAUGGAUUAUCGAGCGAGCUGGCUCUACGGAAUCACCAGUGCCCGGACAUGGGGGCCGUCAAGCCCUGCGACCGUGAGCAAGAUCAGCAAGACGUGCGCGAAAGGAUAGGAGAUUACUUCCCUAGUAUUCACGACGAGCUGGGGCAACUGUGUUUGACUAGGAUUCCGCGUUCGAAGAUAUACGACAUGGCUCUGGUGUGCAAGAAGUGGAAGGCGUAUCUGCUGGGCCCGGAGCUCUACAAGGCUCGAAGGCUGCAAUCCGUUCGCGAAGAUUGGGUGUUCAUUUUAGGAGUAACGAAUGUCGAUAAGAAAUGGCGGGCAUAUCGACCCACCGUGAACGAUUGGGUGGUGAUACCACCGUGCCCUAGCGAUUUCGUGUUCGACUCGUGCGACAAGGAGAGCAUGGUGGCCGGGCUGAACUUGAUGGUCCUAGGGCAAGGCGGAGAUGGAUACGUAGUGUGGAGAUUCGACACCAUCAGGAGCGCGUGGUCGACGACUCCGAAAAUGCAUACUGAUCGGUGUCUAUUCGGCUCGGCCAGCUUCGGACAAUUUGCCUACUUCGCCGGAGGAACGAGUCGAGGGAGUCUUCUGAAGUCGGUCGAGAGGUACAACUCCGAAACCGACUCAUGGGAAUUGCUGCCUGACAUGAACACGGAGAGGAAGUGCUGCUCGGGAUUUGUGAUGGACGGCAAGUUUCACGUCAUUGGCGGUCAACAACAGUCGGUCAUACUCAACUCGGGCGAGGUGUAUGACCCGGCGAUGAAAACCUGGAAUCUAAUUGAGGACAUGUGGCCCAAGAAGUUCGUCCCGAGCACCCAAGUCGCGCCCCCUUUGGUCGCCGUCCUGAACAAUCAGCUGUAUGGCAUCAACAUCAUCGAGAACAUGUUGAUGUCGUACGACAAGGAGAAGAACCAGUGGCAACUGCUGGAGAAGGUGCCUCAUCGGGCCGAGAACACCAAUGGUUGGGGCCUGGGCUUCAAAGCCGUGGGCGACGAGUUGUUCGUGAUCGGCGGUGCGCGAGGGGUCGGCCUGUUCUUACCACAGAUUCAUGCAUACAGUCCGAAGGCGGAAGGCAGUGAGAGAUGGAGGUUUGUGACUGAUCUUCAUCUUCCCACCAGUGGUUUCAUUUACAACUGCGCAAUUAUGAGUGGGUGAUCUCACAUCAACACUCGGGGAAUGCGUCUCGGUCGCACUGGAACGUGUGUGAGUCCGCGUUGCUCUUCUGCUUCCUCCUGUGCAGUGAGCGUGGUAGGUCUGUGAGUGGUCGGUCACGGAGCAGCAAUCGAGAUACCUGUCACGAGCACCGUCAUUGUAAUAUUCUGUACACGCCGCCUCUCUUUGUUCUCCCCGACAUUUCCUGUAAUUUUUUCACUCUUCCCCCGCUCCCCUCCCCCGCCCAGUUCAGGCCAUGUGUCAUAUUCCGACUCCUACCUCCUCUUCCAAACUGCCUCCUCCAGGACACUACAAACUGUGGGUUUUCACUCUCUGCCGUCCAUGCUGCUGUACACCCUGCCAAUCAGGCCCUUCCCCCGGGCUCCAUGGCCCAAGUCAUCCUCUGAGGCAGUCUCUGCCGCUGUAAUAAAUUUAUCCAUUCAGAUACACCGUAUGCACAGAGAAGAUGUGAACGGACGGAACCGUUUGUGAGGGGAUUCCUCACAUACACUUUAAUCUGUGGAGGCUCUUCCGAUGCGGAUAGAGUACCAAUGCUAGAUGUAGGAACAUUCUGAUAUGGCUGCUGUGUCUCUACAAGUUGCAAGUAUGGCGGACUGGCCUGCCAUGUAAGCCUCGUGGGCCGUCUGCCAUGGCCCCGUCGAAGCAGGCAUGACGAAUCUUUGAAGAUGGCGAGUUUUCACUUUGCCCCACGAGUUCACGCGCGCAUCUGUGGGUUAUGUAGUUGCCAGCGGACUGAUUCUUCUGGUCGUCGGGAUGCUGUGUAAUUAAACCAGCUACCAGUGUCUUGAGGGCAGGAUAUUGCCGGGGGGUUAAAACGAUGAAGAUUCUCUGAGAGAGAAGAGCGUGAGAUGAGAGCCAGGGGUAGCCUGGCCAACACUCCCCCGUCUCCCCCUUCCCACUCCAAAGUAGUUCAACAGAGAGUAUGAAAUGUAAGUUGUGCACCCUGCAGCGAUGUGAGGAAGUUAUGCCCCAAGUCAGUAGGUGCCAGUACAGGCUGGCACGUUCAUUGAUGGCUUCAGUGUAUGGUUUUUUUCCAUUACUUCGAGUCCUCACCUUGAUUCAUUUAUGUAAAUAUGUACCGGCACACUACUGAGGUAGUGGAAUUAUCAUCUGAAUGUGCAGCGAAUCAUGCAUGAGAAUACAUUCUCCGUUCUCGCAAUUUUUUUCCACCCGAAUGCUAUGGCUUUUGCCUCUCGUCUUUGAAAGGCUGCAGUCUCCAGCCUCUUAUGACCUGGAUUCUCACAAU